CAUACACAAUGUCUGUGUCUUGCAUAAUCCAUAAAGUGUAGUUUUUCCUCUUUUCCUUCUCAUUAUGCCCUGGCCUUUCUUCAUACCCGAAUUUCUAAAGAGACGUGCCUGUCGCUACCUCCUGCAUCAUUACUUGGGCCAGUAUCUAGGCGGGAAGAUCAGCCUAAAUGACCUCAGCAUUGACUUGUACAAUGGCACAGGCUCUCUCAGUAACGUACCACUCAAUGUGGAGGCGGUCAAUGAAGUAUUGGAUGAGAUAAGUGCACCUGUUCGUGUUGUGUCUGGUUAUAUCGGGCGGGUCUGUGUAUCAAUACCUUGGUCUGCUCUCAUGAGAGAGAGCUGUACUGUGGAGGUGUCUGGAUUAUGCAUCACCAUAACACCAUCCAGUGUUCAUCACGGGAAUCAAGUGGCCUCGAUGACCGACUCUUUGUUUUUCAGUACAAGCACAAGUCAGCAGCUUGCUGAGGAAGUUUUGAAGAGUCCAUUGGAAGAGGAUGAUGAUGAUAGAAAAGAUGAAGUUGGAGGAGGGAGUGGGUUUGAGGGUAUGGAUGCUCUUGCAAAAGCAAUUGAAACAGUGUUACUGAAGGUUCAGAUUAAGUUGCUUGACACAACAGUCAGUAUAUGUCACCAAUCUAAGGACAAGUGGAAUGGACUCAAUAUAAAGAUAAGCAGGAUUGAGUUUUUUGAUGAGGUAGCUAAGAUGGAACCUGAUGAACCUGAUGAAAGAGACUCACCUGAUGUCGCCUUACCCGAGCAGAAAGAGUACGCCAAAAAGAUAUUCCAACUAUCAGACCUUCAAGUUGAGCUAACGAGUAAGGAUACUAGGGGCAUGUCAGACUCACUCUUUGAUGAAGCUAAUCCUCCCUCCAUAUAUACUAAUGGUGGCACUCCUGUGGCUUCUGCUGCCGGUGAUGUUAAUGUAACCAUACGAAUGAGACAAAUACCGGAAGAGGAAGGAGGAGGAGGAGGAGGAGGAGGAGAGGGUGAGCCUAAACUUGACAUUGAAGCAAACAUUGGAGCAGUUCAUGUUUUAUUGUAUCCUAAGCAAUUACACCAACUCAUUGACUUGGUCACUGAUAUAUCUGAUAAAGUUAAACAGUCAAUACCAUCCACUGACUAUGAAGCAAAGAGAGGGACAAGAGGAAUGAAGGAAGGCCCCCUUGCCACUGGUUUCAACAGACCAAUCCCCCAACAGGCAAUGAGGACUAUAGAGACACAGCUAGCCGAACACAUGGAGACACAGAGGAAGCUGAAACAAGCCGAGAGAGAGAGACAGCAAUUGGAUCCCUGGGAUCACAUGAGCAGCUGCAAUAAGGAAUCACCGGCCGCCAAUGAUGAAGUAUUUUACUCGUUUGAUUUGAACUCUGAGGAGCAGGAGAGCACUAUCAGGACUACAAGAGGAGCUGGGCCAUUUGGAGGAGGAGGAGGAGGGAGAGCCUUUAAUCAACAAACUAUAAAAACACGGCAGCCAUUAAUGAAUCAGUUUCAGCUGGGAGGCGGAGUCGGUUUACAGCAAUUAUCAGGAGUCUCUCCUCUGACACUCUCUCCUUCGUCAUCUCCUCUCAACAACAGAAGAGGAGGGAGCAGGAGAAAGGGAGAGGAACUAGCAGGUGGGGGUGGUGGGGGUGAUCUCUGUCGCUAUACACUAGUGUUUAGUGGCUUAACCUUAGCACUACUGGAGGCUAACCCAGUUCAUACUUACUCUUCAUCAUCUUCUCGAGGUAAAGGAGGAGAGAGCUCUCUUCUCAUGCAAGACUCUGAAAUGUUUCUAAGUGCUCAGUCUCACGUUGGGGCCUCUCCUCCUUCAUCUCUCUCCACUGAGGAGUACAGGAGCCUUGAUGAAGGCGGACUAGACCCUGUCAAAUACUUUGAGUCUGUUUGGGACAUACUCCAUGGAAGAGUCAACAAGUACAACGUGGGGCGGUACCAGGAGCAGCUGGGGAGGGUCUUACCAACAGACCAUCUCUUUAUGUGGAUGUCAACAGUUAGGGUUGGUAUAGCUACAGUAGGUGAUACUGUUGAUGUUGAUGUGUCCAUUGCAUCAUCUGAAAUAUUGGAGUUCUUGUAUCACAACGAAGCAAGUAUACCUGACAUCAAACCAGUCUCAGUCCAACCGUUGGUUCAGUUAAAAGAAGAUAGCAAGAAUGCUAAACCAGCUUUGAAACUGAAAAUGUACUCAUCAAAUGAAUUAAAAGAUUCAUCAGUUACCACUACAACCAUUGAAGCUCAGCUAUUACAUGUACAUGUUUACGUCGACGUCACACUAUUAGACAGGCUCCACCCAUUGCUCCACCCUCCUAAUCAGAACACCACUGAUCAUCAUCACCAGGGUCUUGGACUAGGACCUUUAAACUCAGACCUACACGCACAACUCACUCCGCAAGCACUCUUCACUCACGCCAUGGCAACAGGCUCCGCCCCUAACAAGGAGCAGAGACUCUCAUUAAAAGUAUUGACUGACUCUGUAUCACUCUCACUGAGGUUUCCAGUUGCUGAUUUAAGUCAUACAGUGAGGCCCCCUUGGUACCGGACUCCUCUAAGACCUGAGGUCUUGUUCCUUGAUGUCUCUUACCUCUCCUUCUAUUGCACUUCAGUAUCACCCUCACAAAGAGCAACAGCAUUUAAUGUACACACCAAAACACUCAACGCUUAUUUCAGUUUGGAUGGAAAUGAGGAUAACAAGGAGCUGUUUCUUGUCUUAGGAACUGGAAAAACUGAAACCAACUUUGAUAAUGAGCUCAACAUGACAAGUAUUCGUGUCACUGUUAAUCAGUUUGAUGAGAGUCCAUUGGACGAAUUACCACUUGACAUGUCUCCUCUCUCUCAAUCUGAUUCUGAUUCUGAUGAAUUUGAUGUUAAAGUUCCUCAUAGCAAACCAUCUCCUUUCUCACAAAAGAAAGACUAUUUCUCUGGCAUUGGAAAGUCCCAGAAUGGUUUAUCCUCUGAUGAGCUCCUUCUCCCUGCAACUCAAGAAGAAAUGGCUACCUUUAAGUCUCAUUUACUCUCAUCCUCAACCUACUCUGUAUCAGUCUCCAUUCCCUCCCUCUCCGUUCACAUACCCAGUCAGGCAUUCCUUCAGAGACUGUAUAACAGAUUUGCUGUUGAUCUCUCGUUAUGGGAGCCAGCCACUCCAGCUGCAAUGGAGAGGGCAACCGCCAGGAGUCUCUUCUACAGUAAUAUGGACAUGCUACAACCAGCUGUCGCCAAGGAAGAGAAAUUUAAACUAUGUAGAUCUGUUCUCAAAGAAGAUUCAUGUGAUGAAGACACUGAUCAUGAUUCACCGAGUGGCAGGGUUAGUCCUGAUCACACUCCUUCACCAACCUACCUCUCAGUCUCUUUGAAUAUUAAAGAAGGACAAAUAUCACUAGCUCUACCAGUAAAAGAAAGUCCCGAUACUGAGCCAUCUUGUUAUACAUUUAAUGGGAAGGAGGGAGAGGGAGAGGAGGAGAGGUCUAGUGACCCUCGUCUUCUUGAUUUGAGUCCACAGCGUGUCCACUCUCCCUCUUCCUCCGUGCCCUCUCAAACUGGUGUACUCCUCAUUGAGUUCAAUGGAGGCUCCAUUUGUACUGCAUUGGAUUAUAAGGGAGAGACCGGAUGCAUUGUACUCUGCAUUAAUGUUGAUGAAGUUGAGGUUCAACAUUGUGCUAGAGUCACAAGAGACAUACUCUACCCUCCUCCCUCUCCCUCUCCCUCUCACUCCUCCUCUCCCUCUCACUCCUCUCCUCUCCUGAUAGACACCAGCUCAUUGCUACUGUCUAACAUACUGAGGCCCAUGACUGAAGGACUACUGGCCACUGAUGCUAGUAGUGAUGAGGCUAUGCUGUCUCUUUCAAUUGAGAGUAGAACUGAGAUCAAUGCUAAUAGAAAAGUUCAUAAAUGUGCUGUAAAGGUUAGUCAGACACUGUUUGAGUUUCAUGUCACAUCACUUGAGGACAGUUUCAUCAAACAAGUCGGUGAUAUGUUUGAUUUAAGAGAUGAUCACGUUCCUGGCUAUGACCCACCAACAGUCAUCACUGAAUUGCAUGCAUCACUUCUGGACUCAGCUGUACAAUACAAGCCAUUGUAUAUACCCACACAUGCUGUUCUCUCGUUGGAGUCUUUGAGAGUAUCCAGUACACUGGUAACUGGUUCACCAUUGCUGGUUGUUAAAGUCCUGCUGGAUGAUCUCACGCUAUCAAUCUCUGACAAAAGACAAGACAAAAUUAUCCUAAGAAAUGGUUUUGUUAAUGUAAUGGAGAUGGGUAGUAUUGAUUUCAUACUGAGACUAUGCAAUAAGAAUGACUCAACUGAAUUUUCAUCAAAUGUCCCUGCGGUUGAUUUCCAGUGUUCUGGAUCAGAGCUACAGUUCAUGAUGUGUGUAGACUCUUGUAUUGUACUCCGGGACCUUCUCGUAUACCUCUCAGAGACCAAAGACUUAUCAGCAGGAGACACUAUUGAGUGUGCCAAUGAGACUAUGUAUGAUACUGAGCCUAUCAGUAAUGGAACUGGUGCUAGCAGUGGAGCUAGUAAUGAUACUAUUAAUGAUACAGCUACUGAUACCCCUACUGGAGAUAGUGGUAGAGUAGAUGAGCCUGUGAAAGAAGUUGGUGAUUUGAUCAGUGAAGCUAUGGAGGACUUUGAUGAUGUAGGAGACACUGGCCAUGGAUCAGUAAUACGUAGUCCUACAGUUAGUGAAGAGAGAGUGGCUACUACUACUGCAUUUAUAUUCAGUUCAGACUCUGAAGGAGAAGAGACUGAAGGAGAGAGGAAAGGAGGAGGAGGAGGAAAACAGAAGAAGGCUGGUGCAAGUAUUGAUGAUGAGUGGAUCUUUGAUGAGGAUGACUAUUGUAUACUGCCCACACUAACAACAGCUAAAGUGGGGCCAGGAUCAGUUCCCGUUGUGAAGUGUCUGUUGAGUGAUGGAGAAGAAUUGAGAAUCAUUGAUAAUUAUUUUGCUGUACCUGAUGAAGUGGUUGAUCAGUUAAAGAGACCCCAAGGCUACCCCAACCCUGAGUUCAUAUACUCACUGAGGGAACUGACCAUCAUAUGGCAGCUGUACGGAGGACGGGAUUUCUCUCUAUCCUCACCCUCUCCCUCCUCCUCCCUCUCUCCUCUCCUCUCGGCAAAGAGAUCAAUGGCUACUGAUGCCAAGACUAAGAAAAUGAAGAAGAAUGGAGGAGCUGGGAUUAGAGGUGACUUGAAGAGAUCAGUUGGUGGAAUGGGGCGGGACCAAAAUAAACUGGUCGAGAUUGAAAUAAGCAAAUUACGUGUUCAACACGAGACCUAUCCGUCUGGUUCCCACGAGUCCUCGCGGUUCGUUGUCCUAAUACACGACAUUGAGAUAAGGGACAGACUCUCUCAAUCACUUAUCAACAAGUUCCUUUAUCAGCACUGCACGGACUCACUACCUAGACAGUCCCUUUCUAACAUGUUCUCACUAAAGGUUUUGUUCACACUCCCUGAAAGUGAAGGAACUGAUGUACCCUCAACUACACAGUCUGUCUCCCCCUCUCUCAACGGCUUAGAGGCAUCAGUUAGACUGUCACUCUUACCAAUACGACUCAACAUUGAUCAAGAUACAUUCCUGUUCCUACAUGAUUACUUUCAGCAGCUGGUACCAGCAGCAGCCCCUAGUGAAGAAGUAAUAAUGACUGAUUAUUCUCCUCCUACUCAAAAACGAAGCAAUAAAUCAGGUGAGAAGAAGACAGAUCAUGUCCAGUCUCAGCCGGCGAGUGUCUUCAUUAAAUCCUUUGUGUUUUAUCCUGACGUUCCGAUACGGAUUGAUUACGAAGCUAAGAGACUUAUCUCAGAACACCUGGGAACAUUUGCUGGCCUAUUGUUGGGACUUAGUCACUUGGAUAACUCUGAAGUGACUCUUAAAAGCAUCACAUACAAGCAAGGUAUAUUGGGAUGGGAUCAGUUGUUUGAGAGAGUAGCCAAUGAAUGGUUGCAGGACAUUGGUAGCUAUCAGUUACCAAGGAUACUCCAGGGAGUUGGACCAAUGUACCACGUCACACAACUAUUUCAAGGUGUAGUUGAUCUGUUUUGGCUCCCUGUUCAACAGUAUCAGGAAGACGGUCGCAUUGUCUGGGGUCUACAGAGAGGAACCUAUUCAUUCGCAAACUCUUCUGGUGUAGCAGUUGUUGAAUUGACUAACAGAAUACUCUACUCAGUACAAUCCUUGGCCCAGACUGCAUUUGAUAUGGUUAGUCCCAUUGAGAGAACUAAUGGCUCAUCCAUUGAAGGGGUACAGUAUGUUAACAGUGUCCCUCCUUCUCCUCCUCUUCCAUCCGGUCCUCACCAGUCGGCUGAUCUAAGGGAAGGAUUUGCUAAUGCAUACAAUAUAGUGACAACAGGUUUAGGUCAUACUGCCAGAGAGUUCUACCAGGCUGCCUCUACACAGCACACUGAUCACGGUGUCACAGGAGCAGUUGGUGGCGUUUUGCGUCACAUUCCAGGUAACAUAUUUCGACCGAUAAUUUUUGCUUCGGAGGCGACUCGUCACGUCUUGGGUGGAGCAAAGAACCAGUUUGUUCCAGAGGCUAAGAGAGAAGCGGCCGAGAAAUGGAAGACGAAACAAUAAAAUUAUAUCGACUCUAUCUAUUGUAAUAUUUUGUUAUUAUCAUUGCAGAUUUGUUGUUGUAUUAUAAUAUUUUGUGUUACUUAUUAUGACUGUAUGAAAUCAAAUGAGCCGUAUAUAUAUAUAUCCACAUAAAGUUUUAUAUUAUGAUUACUUAUUUACCGUUUCUGUC